AUGAAACUAUUGUAUUCAAUUGCAUUGUAUGAAAUUUCAGAAUUUGAAUUUGAUCAUUUUUCUCCUGGAUUAAUAUCUGUAGAUAAAGAUAAUCAAAAGGUUGACAACCACCAAACAACGCUGAAAACUCGUCUGGACAUCCUUCAUGAACAACAUCCAACACUGACUUCUGAUCCAGUUGAUCCAGAUGGUGUAGUUGCCUGUGUUCCUGAUCCUGUUGGAGCACUUGAUCCAGAGAGUGUAGUUGCUUGUGUUCCCGAUCCUGUUGGAGCACUUGAUCCAGAUGGUGUAGUUGCAUGUGUUCCUAAUCCUGUUCCUGCACUUGAUCCAGAUGGUGUAGUUGCUUGUGUUCCUGAUCCUGUUGGAGCACUUGAUCCAGAUGGUGUAGUUGCUUGUGUUCCUGAUCCUGUUCCUGCACUUGAUCCAGAUGGUGUAGUUGCUUGUGUUCCUGAUGCUGUUCCUGCACUUGAUCCAGAUGGUGUAGUAGCUUGUGUUCCUGAUCCUGCACUUGAUCCAGAUGGUGUAGUUGCUUGUGUUCCUGAUCCUGAUAAUGCGGUAGAUGAUGUUAGGCUGGGUUCAUUAUGGACGUCUGUGAAGGAAGGUGGCAUUUUGGUGAUGAGUCUUCUCAAGAAGUCUGUUGCUGGUAGUGAUUGUUUUUUGUUUGUUUUUGAAGAUUGGGUGGAUAAUAGUUGCAAUGGUUUUGUUGGAUGUUUUGUGAUGGGAUAUGGUGAUAUUGUUUUGCACUGA